AGGUACUUUGGUGGAACGAAGCUUUCGUUGGAGCUUAUGGAGGAAUCGCUGCUGACUGCCUCAAAGACGCACCGACGCACAUUGUCAAAGCAAAGAUCUACCUGGUUCUCAAGCCUGGCUUUGAUCAUCUUGGAGAUGUGUACCCUCUCCUAAGCAUUGGUGUUAUUAGUUUCGAUCUUUAUGUCUUGAUGGGCAACGAAUCCAGCUUCAGCUUCAGCUUGCACAAGUGUGGCAUCGAAAGAGGAGGCUGUGCGACUUUCGGGGAAACGUGAAGGAAAAGUUCGCUCACUGGAGAGAGGAAUGGCUAUACACGCCGAAGCUGCUAAAGGUGGUCUCGAGUUGGAGUAUUUGGUCGCAAACACGCUGGUGGAUUUCUACGUCAAAUGUGGGAGCUCGGCAGACGCUCGCAGAGUUUUUGACAAGAUGCCACUGCACGAUGUCGUGUCCUGGACGGCGCUGGUGCUGGGCUACGCUGGAAACGGUGAAGGCCAGGUGGCCUUGGAUCUCUUAGAGGACAUGCAACGUCGGGGCUGUACACCUAAUGCUGCUUAAGCUCACUACUUUCAGUGCAUUGUUAGAGGGACAAGAAAGAAAACGAGAAGAAAUCCUGGCGAUCUGUCUCCAUGGUGUUUCCCCGACAAAAAAGGUAGCAGCUACCUCUAGAGAUGUUUUGCAAGAGAAGAGCGAGAAGAUGGACGUCUCUCCAAAGCAAAGCUUUGAGAGACGAGAUGGCGAUUCCUCUCGGUGCAACGACGGCUGAAAUGGUUGAAGUGGCUGACAGAAAAUUACCGCCCUUUCAGCACAGUGCGAAGAAGCUACCAUGCACGCCUCAUGCAAGCGCUGGAAAUGGCGGCGAUCCCACUCCGAACUGGCUACUCGACAAGAAGUAUGUAUCACCAGGAGAUAGCUUUUGGGACGAGGCAAUACGCGUCCUUGGGAGCAAGAAGGGUGACUCCUCGGAAGUUAAGUCGCGUAUCAACCCUGACGGCCCGAAUUUAUUGAACUCUCCGCUACCGGUCGUGUGCUUCGACUUUGCGAGUCAUGACAACGUUGGCAAAGAAGCUGCUGCAGCUCCCACUGAAGAAGGAAAGGCAAUCGUGAACGAUCCGUCGUCCUCAGUCUCCGGUGAGAAGUUGUCCGAUUGGCUUCCGGCUGAAUUAUGUGAAGGAUACUUUCAGAAAGGGGUUAGAAGACUGUAUCAAUGGCAGGUUGAUUGUCUACGCCUUGAUGGAGUUUUGGAUGGUAAAAGUCUUGUUUACUGUGCCUCGACAAGUGCAGGAAAGAGUCUUGUUGCAGAAAUUUUGAUGUUAAAAAGAGUGGUGGCGACAGGGAAAAUGGCAAUGCUGGUUUUACCAUAUGUCGCAUUGUGUUCUGAGAAGACAGAGCAUUUAGAGGCGGUACUGGAACAUGUUGUGUCCGUGGAUAUUUUGGGACUCACGGGAGUAAAGCGCUACCUCCAGAUACUUCACUUGCAGUUCGUACCAGAACUCACUCGGACGGGCGGCUGUCCGAACUAGCAGUCGUAGUUAUAGAUGAGGUUCAUAUGGUUGGAGAUAAAGAGAGAGGUUAUUUGCUAGAACUAAGCUACGAUAUGGGGCCGGUAAAGGUGACUAUGAAAGCAGCAGCCCCACGAGGUUGCAAAUUAUAGGAAUGAGUGCAGCGAUGCCUAAUGUAGCAGCCGUUGCAUCAUGGCUUCAGGCUGCAUUUUAUGAGACUAACUUUCGCCCGGUUCCUUUAGACGAACACAUUAAAGUCAUUUACGAUACUAGUAUGAAUACUGUUCGUGCUCUAAAAGCAGGCUCUGAACUUAGCGGCAAGGAUCCAGAUCACAUCGUCCAUCUGUGGCAUGAGGUUACUUUUGUGUUUUGACAAAGACCUUUCAUAGGUCUUACUGA